GCCCGACAGCGAUUGCGCGCGACGUUGCCACUCUGAUAUAAACAAACAGAUGACAGAUCAUGCAUGCGCGCGAACGGCGAAUGUAAUUACUAAUUCGAGAUUUUUUAAAUUAAUAAUCACAUACGUGUUGAAAUAGAUUGUACUUGUUACUUAUUACUAUUAAAGUGAGUGUUAAAAUGGACAAUUAUAAUGUUGAGUUCAUUAAAAACUGUGAAAAAACCUUACAAAUUCGGCUUGAAUUGAAGGCAAAGGGACCGCCACGGCCUGAACUUAACCUGACGCAAAAAUGUACCACAAAAACGAAAACAUAUACGCGUGUGUUUAAAUCCGAACAAUAUGUGAAAACACCGUGGUUGUGUCGUUGUGAUGUGACAAGUGUGUGUAACAAGUUAUUUUGUUUUCCGUUGUUUUUUGUUUGAAGCGGGCACGGCCGGCGGAGAAUGUGGCUAAUGGGCGCGUUUUGCGUGCUAUGCGCGUUCCACAGCGCCGUGGAUGCGCAAUGGAGAUGCCCCGGCUUAUCUGCUCGUCCCGCUGCCGAAUGCUCCUGUGAUCUACCUCAUACACUCCGCUGUGCGGGCGAUCAUACUGCGCUUCAGAUCAUAGGCCGCCAUCUUCGCGAACAGAAGGCUCGAAACAAGAACACAGCUGUAUCACUCCUGGACUGUGCACUGCGAGGAGUAUCAGUCUUAUCAUCAGCUUCGGUAUCAGAGCUCGCUGGUGUAGGACUCCAUGGGCUUGUGAUAUCCUCGGGAGAUAUACGACGAGUGCAGCAAGGCGCUUUUAGUACUGUUUCUGCUACUUUAUUUGCUUUAGGUCUCCCGAACAACCAGCUGCCCAUAGUUCCAACAGAAGCGUUAACAAGACUCUGGAAUUUAGAUCGCUUGGAUUUGUCCAACAAUAAAAUUCAUACCUUAGACAGUAAUUCAUUUAAGGGUAUCACAAAUCUAACCUACUUGGAUAUAAGUGACAAUCAAUUGACGGAUAUAUCGGAGGGAGCAUUCCUGCCUUUGAUAAGGCUGAGUGUUCUAAGGCUAAGAGGGAAUUUACUGAAAGUACCAGCACUGGCUCCUUUGAAGGAGGCCCACAUGUUAAGAGAUUUGGAUUUAUCCAGCAAUGCACUAGAAGGUCCGCUCGGCCCUACCACAGUGCCCACACUGAGUUGUCUCACCACCCUUCAAUUGUCUGACAACACAUUUGCGAGUAUACGACGGGGGGCUUUGUCAGGUCUCACAAACUUAACUCAUUUGAACUUGCACAACAACCAAAUAGACGUGCUAGAGGACUAUGCGUUCAAACACAUAGCCAACUUGACGCAUCUGGAUCUGUCUCACAAUGAGAUCGUCGCUGUAUCAGGUGCAUCGCUAGCUCAGCUGACUAGCUUAGUCCACCUGGAUCUUUCGCACAAUUUCCUUCGGUCCCUAUCUGCUGAGCCGCUGAAAUCUCUCAGAGGUCUGACCGAACUAUUGCUCCACGAUAACGACAUCUCAAUGAUAGAUGACGGAGCUUUGGCACUGCAUAAGGACCUCGGCCGAUUCACCAUUGAAGAUAAUCCUCUUAAUUGCGAUUGCCUAAUGGCCGGAUUCGCAAGGUGGUUGAGGGAGGCAAAAAAUCUUCCCCAAACUGAUAAAUCGGUGGCCGUGUGUGCAACACCGCCACAUUUGGAAGGAGCUCUGCUAUCUCGAUUGUCUAAAAACAAGCUUUGCGAUGAUUCCGAACAUACAGACUUGAAACAAAAAGAUACGAACUACGAUUUCAAUAAGGUUCUAGCGAAUUCGAUUGUUAACGAUUAUAAAAUUAAUGUGGAUAAUAGUGAAGGGGAAGUUUAUGUUGAUAAGCAAGACGGUUUGGAUGAUGAUUUGUAUGAUGAAGAGUUGGAAGUUCCAGCUGAAGAAGAUUUGCCGAUUUCUGAAGCUAAGGUACGCCUAAUAGACGCUUGGCAUGACGACGAAGAAGUGCACCUAUCUUGGGCAGUGGACCCUCUAUCGACUCGCCGGUAUAGAUGCACUGGAGUCACGGCGUCCAGAGCUGGUGGUCUACCGAAGCACGUGGCGUGUCAUAGAGCCUCACCUUCGAAUGUCGUGUUGCGAGGAUUGAAGAUUGAUGCUGUUGAUCAGUAUACAUUCUGUAUAGCUCUGGAAGAAAUGGAUAGUUCUGAUGUGCCUCUCUCUUUAGUACUGGGUUGUGGUGCACCCAUGCAAGUUAGACAACGAGCUACUUUCGCUACUGUCGUGCCGAUAGUGGUUACACGGGCUCCAGAACCAAGCAACCCUUUGAGAGUAUCAGAAGUCCGUUCGAACGUCACAAGCGAUGGGGUCUUAACGGUUCUGAUAUCAGUGUUGGGGCUUCCCCAAAGACCACAAUACGUGCUACCUCGUUCCCAAAGACUGUCCAAUGAUGUCAGACCAAUCGGCAACUGUUAUAUCGUCCUCGCUGUCUUAUCACGAGGAAGCCUCGUAGCCCAAAAAGAUACCCCAUGCCAAUCGACCCUAGAAAUUUCUAUGGAAGGCUUCAUGAGAGGACCUUACGAAGUCUGUGCAGCGAUUUCGAAGUAUAAAGUCGAUGAAAGAAGAACAAUUUGUGUGGUCCCCCAGCUAAUUGAGUCUCUUGGUACUUUAGAAAUGAAAGCAGGCUUCAAGGGGUUAAAUACAGCUCUCAUAGGCGUGGCUCUUGGUUUGAUGGUCGUGGUCAUUGGUUUGGUGUGGUUUGUGAGAAAGAUGUUGAAAAAACCAGCGGACUUUGAGCCCCAUAGGUGUUUUAGACAAGAACCAGUUCAGGAGGAAAAUCCUAGAGCGAGUUAUGUCAUGCUGACAGCCACUUCGAAGGUAUAGAUGAACUCCAUAGGAGUUUGUGUUACUAGUCGUGAAAAUUAUCUUUUUUAAAUAAUAUAUUUGUUUGGUUAUUCAAUGAAGUAUUAAAUUCGAUGUAUGUUUAGAUGUUGUGUAAAAUUAAUAUUAUUGUUUGUUAAAUAAAAUUCGGAAAAUCCCAAAUGGCACACUAAUUUGGUUCGUUUAAAUUAUUUAACAGAUGCGCUUAGAUUUUAAUUUUAAUUGUUUUUUGUUUGUCGUGUGUAAGUUAACGUUCUUCUCCAGUAAAAAUAUUAUAACUUUGAACUUCAGGAACAAAACAAUUUUUUUUAACGUGAUGAGUGAUGUGAUAUCUCCAUAUUUUUUGGAAGUCCAAAACCAAAAUGUCUAAUUUUUUAUUUUAUCAAUAUGUAUUUGAAGAUACAUAAAAUCAAAUUAAUAUACCAAGUGUACCCCACAUCAGAACUAAGAAAUAAGAUCAUUAAAUACAGUCGUGUAAAUAAAUAUUAUCUCUGAGAUCAAAGUACAAUAAAAUAGACGGGAAUCAAGUUGUUUUAGCGCGCGCGCGCACCCUAAAAACUUUUCAGUCGGCCGACCGGAGGCCGGUGGUAGGAAAAAAAAUGUUUUUUGAAUGUUCAGAAUUUGAUCGAAGUUUAUAGUCGGUCCGAUACCGGACAAAUACCCUAUGGUUGUUACGUGUGUACUUCCUUUCAUUCUUGUUCCUUUUCUUCAUUUCAUUGCCGUCCUAUCGGGCUAUGAGAAUGAAGAAAUAGUGAGUGCACCUGUGUCUGCGUAAAUGCUUGUGCGCUAUAAUAUGUCCUGCGAAGCUGGCUAAUCUCCUUACCUGAGAACAGCCGCCGUAGGCGAUAAUCGGCUAGGAGGAUAUCAUCAUCAUCAUGACUUCCAUUCAAUUUUAUACUGAUUUACGAACCCAAACUAUCGGGCGACUAAAAGUUUGUAGUGUGCGCGCGCUUUUAGCAGAUAAGCGUACUGUGUAACAGUAAUAUCUUACUCUAAGUAAUAAUAUUUGCAAUCACCUCUAGCUUGUGAUAAGAACGUAAAUAUCUGUAAUUAUAAUUACACUUGCUGGCAAUAUAACUGAGUCAGUAGCGAGAAUCUUCAUAUCUUUGAUAUUAUACAUACAGCUAAGUUUACGAACAUUUUAUGUAAUAAUUGGGACAUAAAACUAAUGUCAUUGAAGAUGUCAAGAUUUUCAAACUGACUCAAAUUUAUUGCUCUCAAGUGUAUCUACUUAGUAGUUUAAGCUAAUGUAAAUGUAAUAUUAAUAUAAAUGAAAAAAAUCUCGUUAGUCUUGAAAUUGACUGAUUUUAAAGCUUAACUUCGAGGUAUGGUGUUUAUCGAAAUGUCAAAGUACUCCAAAAGUCUUAAGCGAAGCUAAAGCCACUUAAUGUUCCAUUUCGGAAAAAAAAGCAAGCUAAGGUGGCUAAGGUUAUGACUGUUAUGAAUAAGAUCCCCACCCUACGGACAUCAAGGCACUUGAUAAAAACUGAUUUAGCUUUUUAGCAAGUAUAUAUUGCCAACCAUCAACUUUUUCAACUUGGUUCUAUGUGUAACCCACAAAAAGAAAUAUUGAUAGUGAUCCUUCUCAAAUACUAUUUUUGUUACAGCCAAAGUGGUACUUCUAAAAUACCUAUUUAUGUUUUUGUAACUUAGGGUCCUAAUGACGUUUCCCACUAUUUACCCUUCCUCGAAGUAAGAGCAAGCUAACUCGACGAGCUUCUAAUAAAUGACUAAAAUAUAAAAUAUUUCUUCUGUGAAGACGUAUUUCUCAAACAUUAUUUAGUUUAGAACUAAUAUAAGUAUUAACACGAGGCUGACAAAUAUGUUUAAUCUGUACUAAUAUUAUAAAGGAAAAAAAUGUAUUUUUGUUUGUUUGUUUGUGAUGGAUAAACUUAAAAACUACUGAACCGAUUUUCUAAAUUCUUGCACUGUUGGAAGGUACACUCUUCCCAAGUAACAUAGGCUAUAUUUUAUCCCAGUACAAGUAGUAAUUUCCUCGAGACGCAGGUGAAACCGCGGGAAAACGGCUAGUUAUGAUACAUAGUCAAUACGAAGUCUGUAUGUAAUUAAAUUUUUAAUUAAGAAGCACGAUAAUUUUGUCUAAUUCAUUCUAGUGAUUUGUAACUAAGUAAUUUUAUGAAUUAAAUCUGUUAUUAAUAUCAUUUUAAGUUGAGAAAUUAAUAAAGCUAGCAUCGGUUAUAAAUUAUUUCCAUUGUUCAAUUAAGGAGUUGAAAAUUACUUGAACUUUUGGAGAAAGUAUCAUAAUUUGUUUUAAUUGAACCAAUUUUUUGAAGCUUCAAGAAAAAUGUACUGUGUCUUUACAAAUUAAUGAAACUGCGUUUUAAAA